AUGGAUGCAUCACAAGCAAUUUCAAGCUGGUAUAGAAAAGAGACAUAUCUGAAGACAUAUUCUCAUUUCAUUCAACCAGUCCCAAACAUGAAAAUGUGGCCUAAACGUAGAAACCCAAUAGUUGAACCACCUGAGGUAAGAAAAAUGUCUGGUAUGCCACCAAAGAAUAGAAGAAGAGAAAUUGGUGAAGUGAGAAAUGCUGGGAAGUUGCCAAGAAUGGAGACAGUAAUGACAUGUAUAGUUCUUUCUUCUCCAACGAAUAAAUCUUAUUCAUUUUUCCAUCCAACUGUUGAAGCAGUUGCUCAACGUUUUUUGAAUCGAAACAUAGAAUUAAGUGACACUACAAAAUUUGUUGCAACAUGUGUUCGAAACAACGUGAAUGAAAUCGAAGAUAAACUAGCAGAGUUUAAAAUUAGAGAAGAUGUUGCAAGCAAGGAAACAAUUAUACUUGACCAAGCAAAAGAGAUGAGAGAAAUUGGUUGCUGGGAGGAUAUUGAAAAACUCAAAACUGAUGAGUUAACUCAAUUUGAAGCUUGGCUAAACGUUGCUUAUUUUAACAUGAAAUAUCGUCUGAAACAAUUGGAAAAUGAAGUUGCAUCUAAUACUUCAUAG